UCCGAGGGAUACCGGAUAUAGUGAAUGAAGGGUCUGGGAGCGGAUAUAGUGAAUGCAGGGUCCAGGGAGACCAGAUAUAGUGAAUGCAGGUCCGGGGAGACCAGAUAUAGUGAAUGCAGGGUCCUGGGGAGACCAGAUAUAGUGAAUGCAGGGUCCUGGGGAGACCGUGAUAUAGUGAAUGCAGGGUCCGGGGAGAGCGGAUAUAGUGAAAUGCAGGGUCCGGGGAGACCUGGAUAUAGUGAAUGCAGGGUCCGGGGAGAUCAGAUAUAGUGAAUGCAGGGUCCUGGGAGACCGGAUAUAGUGAAUGCAGGGUCCGGGGGAGAGCUGAUAUAGUGAAUGCAGGGUCCGGGGAGAACGGAUAUAGUGAAUGCAGGGUCCGGGGAGACCAGAUAUAGUGAAUGCAGGAUCCGGGAGACCAGAUAUAGUGAAUGCAGGGUCCGGGAGAGCGGAUAUAGUGAAUGCAGGGUCCGGGGAGACCGGAUAUAGUGAAUGCAGGGGUCCGGGGAGA